AUCAUCUUAAUGAAAAAACUGGUUACAGUGGAAUAUACACUGAAGAGUCAUUACAUUAUGGCCACCCUCCAUCUACAACAGUGGGGCUUUCCCAGGAACAAAACCACUGCGCAUGCACGGCUGAUAUUGAAGUAUAUAAAGUACUACAUUGUCUUUCCAAAGAUAGUGCAAUUAAUGACAUAAUGGGAAAAGCAGCUGAUUUAUCAGACUUCCAUAAAUGUCGAAUCGCUAUGGCUUUGCGACGGAGAAAAUUAGUAUCAGAAACAGUGCAUUUAGAGAGCCAUUCAUGUGCAGUUGUUAUGAGUUGUAUCUUUCAAAAGUCUGGAGUACCUUUGACUAAGAAGGCACAAAACCGUGGUUUCCCUGGCUUUGAGAAAGAACAAAAUGAGGCAUGGAAAGGUCCAUUUUAUAUCAUACAAGGGGCCGAUACUCAGUUUGGUAUGAUUGACAGCAAUAUUUAUGGCCGUCUCAAACCUGCUUGGAAUAAAGAAAUAGAACUAGCCAAAAGAGCCAUCAAAGCUGUAAACGCAAUGUCCCCCAGGCCACGUUUCUUUAUAAUAUGUGGGGAUCUUGUAGAUGCAAUGCCCGGGACUGAAUAUUGUAAUGCACAAGACAAAGAUUUCAUUCAUAUUUUUAAGAAACUGCAUCCUGAUAUUCCUUUGGUAUGUGUGUGCGGAAAUCAUGACAUAGAUAACGUACCAACGUCAGCAACUGUACAAAAUUAUCGUGACAGAUUUGGUGACGAUUAUUUUACUUUUUACUGUGAUGGUGUGAUGUUCAUAGUACUUAAUUCACAGUUUUUUGAAUGUCCUUACUUGGUAAAUGUCAAAGCAAUAUUUUGUAGCCAUUAUCAUCGAAAUGCUGGAGGGUUUUAUAAGGAUAUGGAAGUAGUUGUUACAUCAGCUAUAGGAUGCCAACUUGGAUUCGAUGAAUCUGGAUUUAGGAUUGUUAAAUUAGGCGAAAAUUCUAUUGAUCAUAAAUACUAUGUAUUUGAAGAUGUUCCUAAAAUUAUCACUUUUGAAUGA